AUCUGGCCGACUAAAUUAAUAUAAAAAAAAUAAAAAAUAGAAACUAAAAAAAAUUUGAAGAUCCCCCGAUCCCCUUCCUAUCAAUACAGACAACUCCCGUCCUUUCAAUUUCUUCUCCUCCGAUUGGAUUCCCAUCUAAAUCAACAGAAAUCGAGCGAAAAAAUUCGAGGAGGAAAAAGAGAAAGAUCGAACAACAAUAAUGGGCAAUCGACGAAGAGAAGAAGAAGAAGAAGCAGAGCAGCAUCAAAUGAUCACAACUCCGCUGCUUCACGAGGAAGCAGCCGCGCCGUCGGCAGCGGCGGCGGCGGCACCGGCAGCGGCGGCGGAGGAAGAAGAAACAGGGGAGGAGUUGCUGGAGAACUCGCCGGUGGAGCAGGUGGCGCUGACGGUGCCAGUGGAGGACGACCCAUCGACGCCGGCGCUGACGUUCCGGAUGUGGGUGCUGGGGACGGCCUCUUGCGUGCUGCUCUCCUUCCUCAACCAGUUCUUCUGGUACCGGAAGGAGCCGCUGUCCAUCACCGCCAUCUCCGCCCAGAUCGCGGUGGUGCCGCUCGGUCACCUCAUGGCCGCCACGAUCACCGACCGCGUCUUCUUCCGGGGAAGCCGGUGGGAGUUCUCGCUCAACCCCGGGCCGUUCAACAUCAAGGAGCACGUGCUCAUCACCAUCUUCGCCAACUCCGGCGCUGGCAGCGUCUACGCCAUCCACAUCGUCACCGCCAUCAAGAUUUUCUACCGAAAGCACCUCAACUUCUUCGUCUCCCUCGUCGUCGUCAUCACCACGCAGGUGCUGGGAUUCGGAUGGGCGGGAAUAUUCCGGCGGUAUCUCGUAGAGCCGGCGGCGAUGUGGUGGCCGUACAAUUUAGUGCAGGUCUCGUUGUUCAGGGCUUUGCAUGAGAAGGAAGAAGCAGCAAAAGGAGGUUUGACAAGGAAUCAGUUCUUCACGGUGGCCUUCCUCUGUAGCUUCGCCUACUACGUCUUCCCCGGCUACCUAUUCUCCAUGCUCACCUCCCUCUCCUGGGUCUGUUGGGUCUUCCCUAGCUCCAUCUUGGCGCAGCAGCUCGGCUCCGGCCUCUACGGCCUCGGCCUAGGGGCCGUCGGCCUCGACUGGUCCACCGUCUCCUCCUACCUCGGCAGCCCGCUGGCCAGCCCCUGGUUCGCUACCGCCAACGUCGCCGUCGGCUUCGUGCUCAUCAUGUAUAUCAUCACGCCGAUCGGCUACUGGCUCGACUUCUACAAGGCCAAGAGCUUCCCAAUCUUCUCCGACGGCCUCUUCACCUCCACCGGGCAGAGGUACAACAUUUCCGGUAUCAUAGACCCCAACUUCCACCUCGACAUCGACGCCUAUGAGAAGAACGGGCCGCUUUACCUCAGCACCUUCUUCGCGGGCAAUUACGGCGUCGGCUUCGCGUCGCUUACCGCCACCAUUUCGCACGUCCUCCUCUUCCACGGAAGAGAAAUCUGGCAGAUGAGCAAAUCGGCUUUCAAAGAUCAGAAGAUGGACAUCCACACGAGAUUGAUGAGCAGGUAUAAGCAGGUCCCUCAGUGGUGGUUCAUCGCGAUCCUUGUCGCCAACAUGGCGUUCACAAUCUUCGCCUGCGAGUACUACAUCGACCAGCUCCAGCUGCCGUGGUGGGGCGUGUUGCUCGCCUGCUCCAUUGCAUUUUUCUUUACGCUCCCCGUCGGAAUCAUCACAGCAACCACCAAUAAGACGCCGGGAUUGAACGUAAUCACAGAGUACAUUAUAGGGUAUCUGUACCCCGGCCGGCCGGUGGCGAACAUGUGCUUCAAGGUGUACGGGUUCAUCAGUAUGAAGCAGGCGUUGAUGUUCCUGCAAGACUUCAAGUUGGGGCACUACAUGAAGAUUCCGCCGAGGACGAUGUUCAUGGCUCAGGUGGUAGGGACGUUGAUCGCCGCGUUUGUCUACUUGAGCACUGCGUGGUGGCUUAUGGAGACGAUUCCGGACAUCUGCAACAAGAGCUUGUUGUCUCCGGAGAGUCCGUGGACCUGCCCGGGCGACCACGUCUUCUACGACGCGUCGGUGAUAUGGGGCCUGAUCGGCCCUCGCCGGAUCUUCGGGAAUCUCGGCACGUACGCCGCCAUCAACUGGUUCUUCCUCGUCGGAGCGGUAGGGCCGCUGCUUGUCUGGCUCGCGCACAGGGCAUUCCCUGACAAGGAGUGGAUCAGGCUCAUCAACAUGCCGAUCCUGAUCGGCGCCACCGGGGACAUGCCGCCGGCGACUGCGGUGAACUACACCACUUGGAUUCUGGUCGGAUUCCUGUCGGGCUACGUGGUAUACAGGUACAGAAGGGACUGGUGGAAGCGGCACAAUUACGUGCUUUCCGGUGCGUUGGACGCAGGAUUAGCGUUCAUGGCCGUUUUGAUCUAUCUCUGCUUGGAGCUGGAGAAUGUCAGUCUGCGUUGGUGGGGCAACGAGUUGGAUGGCUGCCCUUUGGCCUCGUGCCCGACAGCUCCUGGCGUCGUUGUUGAAGGCUGCCCAGUGUUACGGUAACCAUCGAUCGUUGGAUGAUCGUGGUGGAGAGUAGAGACUUCUUGUAUUGAAACAAUCUGUAGGGGAAGUAUUUAAUUUUACAUCUCACAGAAAUCACAAGAUUACUUGUGCCUGUGUAUUAACACUUA